AUGAAACUAAUUCUUUCAUCUAUUGUUAUUAAAGCUAUGUCCAUGUUGCAGUCUGUGUGUUCGCCAAACCUAACAAAGAGCUUCUUUUCAAAAGUGGCGAGAUCGUCUGAUGAAAAAUUUGCAUCCAUCUUCCGAUCAUCUUCGACUACGAACAAACUUCGGCAGAAGUGGUUUUUGAAAAAGACCGGAUCCGCAUCUCAGCUGAUUAUUGCUACGGUGACAUGUGUCACACGGCAACCGUGUUGGAAAGCAAAGACAACGUUAUUGACUACUACGACGUUGUUCAAGGUUGAUAUGUCGCUUGCUUUCUCAGCCUUGCAACUAGCUCAAGGAUUUGUAUGUUGA